GUGAAGCCAGCGUGUUUGACACGCGAUGGAGAAGUGGUGUACGAGCUUCGACUCGAGAAGGAGCACUGCGACUUGCACGGCAAUCUGCACGCCGGCAUGGCAUUCGCCCUAUUAGAUCUGUACACGUGGACGACGGCUUGCACGCUGUACGACCAGGACACGCCGUUCGUGAAGCCAGCGUCUUUGACACGCGAUGGAGAAGUGAUGUACGAGCUUCGACUCGAGAAGGAGCACUGCGACUUGCACGGCAAUCUGCAUGCCGGCAUGGCAUUCGCCCUAUUGGAUCUGUACACGUGGACGACGGCUUGCACGCUGUACGACCAGGACACGCCGUUCGUCAGCCUCAACCUUAAGGCAAGGUUUCUCUCUCCGGCAAAACUUGGUGACGUCAUCCUCUUGGACUCACGCAUCGUCCACGCGGGACGAAGGGUCGUCUACGCCGAGCUCGACAUUCUCGAUAAAGCUACGAAGCGCCUGUUGGUUCAAGGAUCACACAUAGUUCAUAUUUUGUCAAAACCUACACAUCGCGAAGGUUAAGAGUAACAUCUGCCGAGUAGAGUAAGAACUCGGUCGACACUCAAAAAUUUCAGUGAAAUGUCCCUGGCUGCAGCUAGUCUGUAAGAAAAUACGUCAUACAGUUAUAACGCUAUACAGACGAUUAUUGCAUUCGGCCUGUCGUUGAGAAAAAUUCACUCGCGAACGGCAAUUUUCUUGGACGCGGCCCUUUUUUUUCUGAUAAAUAAAUUGCAAGAAACACAAGUA